GCGCGAGGUCAUCGCUCCAGCCUCGCCGGAAGGCACGGCCGGAAGGGGCGGGCACUGCGCCCGGCGGGACCUUCACGCCAUGGCUUCUCGUGGCGUCGUUGGCAUCUUCUUGCUCUCCGCUCUCCCUCUCUUGUGUCUGGAGCUCCGGCGCGGAAUCCCGAGUCUCGGAAUUAAAGAUCUCAUUUUGCUGAGUGGCCGGAUAUUCCUGCUGCUUGCCCUGCUGACAUUAGUCAUCUCCGUGGCCACCUCCUGGUUUAACUCAUUUAAAUCUUCCCAGGCUCACCUGAAAGAAGGAGAAGAAGAGAAUGAGAAAAGACAAAGGCUCGUGAGGAAAAAGCAGCAGGAGGCCCAGGGUGAGCAGGCCAGCAGAUAUAUACAGAAUGUUUUAAAACCUCAGCAAGAAAUGAAAUUGAAAAAACUAGAAGAACGCUUUUAUCAAAUGACAGGUGAAACCUGGAAAUUAACUACUGGCCACAAACUUGAGGGGGAUGAAGAUUUGGUGCUUGACAAUUCGAGUCAGGUGUUGUUUGAAACAACAAACAGAGAAGCAGCAAGGAGACGGAACUUGCCCAAGCUUUUAACGGAAAUCACACCACCUGCUCCACAGCCUGCCAAGAAGGAGGUCCCUGAUUUACCCGAAGAACCACCAGAAACAGCUGAAGAGGUGGUUACAGUUGCCCUUCGAUGCCCAAGUGGGUGUGUUUUGAGGAGAAGAUUUUUCAAGUCUUGGAAUUCACAGGUCUUAUUUGACUGGAUGAUGAAAAUUGGGUACCACAAAUCCCUAUACAGCCUUUCCACUUCCUUUCCCAGAAGGCCUCUGGAAGCAGAGGGAGGCUUGUCACUGGAGGACAUAGGAAUAACUGUGGAUACUGUACUUAAUGUAGAAGAGAAAGAACAAAGUGGCCAGUAAAGUCAGAACUACCUGUUGUCCUUCAAGUUGGUACAUGUGACUUCACAGGGCAGUGUUGACAUUAAAGCUGUGCUGUACCUUGAACUCUUCUUGUUCAUAGGAGCACACCUACAUACAAUGGAAGAGGACUGUCACCUUACAUUGUACCAAAGUGAGAACAAGGUAAAAAAGAUGUAGUAAGACAGACAUCUGAUAUUUGGUCUCAGGCAGGCAUGGUGACACAUGGUCCUGCCUUAUUUAUUUAAGAUCUGUGAUUUUUGCUUCUUGACUCCACCUUACCACAGUUAUUUCAAAAUUCAAAAUCUUCAAGUAGAAAUGUUGAUUCUACUGUAUUUCUAAAAAUUUAAAGACUUUAAAAGAAA